AUGGCGCUGGUCUACUCACCAGAGGUGCCCUCUGGCAAAAGCACACCUAAUGACAACCCUCCCAGCCCGACUUUGACAAACCCUGACUCGAUUCUUCCUCGGAACCCAUAUUCAAGCUAUGCUUCAAGUCCGUCGCCUGAUCGGCUACCCGUAGCGUCCUCCCCGACGUUGCACGACUUCAGACUACCUCAAAAUGCGAGCCCGCCCGACGCGAGUACUGCGAUAGGCGUGCCUACCCUCAUAAAGAUGCCCAUACGCGCAAAGCCACUGGCACCGUCCAGUCAAUAUGCUGCAUUUGCGGGCUACGAGCACGGCGCACCGCUAAGUGACAUCGGCGAGGAAGAGACGGUGGCCUCUUUGACACCGAGAUCGAGGGUGACAAGGCAGAGUCGAAGUCCGUCACCAGUGCACCCACUUUCGCCCACGCCUGCGCCAAAGCCCGCCCUACGGGACUCGACACCACAACGUCGUGGCAGCAUUGGCGCAGCGAGUGAUGGUUCUGAUGAGGUAGAUUGGGAGAACUUUGAUACGUCAACAAUGAUGAGUGGACGACUCGCCGCGGAUGUCGCCAAAGAGCAAGAACGGGAAGCGCUUCAGAGCAAGAGAAACAGCACAAUUUCCGUGGCAGACGGAGACGAGGUGGGCGUACUCAACGAUCGCGCCGAGCAAAUCCUGGAGGACGCGCGCAAACGGUUGACUCACAUGGAAGACAACCUGAGCAAGGCCAGGAACUCUAUGCUCUGGAGCCCCAGAUCUUCGCCGAACAUAUCUGAGUAUCACCAUCCUGCUGGUAGCUUAUACCGCUCGAUAUCAUUGGCCGGUGUGAGCAAGAGAUAUUCAAGGCCAUUGAAGGACUCCUCGCCUGUACAUGCUCGAGGUUCAAGCGAUACAACACCUAGCGGCUUGAAACGCUUAUCUAUGGUUCCUGAAGCCCGGUCCUCCAGUGCUCAAGAAUACGGAAGGACUGCAGAUUCACCACAGUAUUACAGCCGAUCGUCUCCAAUCACGCGAGUGCAGUCUCAAUCACCUGCAAGCGCUCAGAGCCUCCAUUCUCCUAUGCGUACGUUGGACGAGGAGGAGAGCAAUAGCGAUCCCAGUACUACGAAGACCUCCCCAGAGAAUCAUACACCCAAGGGGCUUGGCAUCGACACCAAACAAAAGAACGAUGUGCCGACGCUCAAUCGUUCUGCCUCAGCGGCCUCCCUGGGGCGACCUGAAUCAGCAGCGUCCGUGCAUUCGCUUCGUGAGUCGGUGUCAGAUCUGCGCCUACGUAUCUUUGAUAUAAAAGCCAAAGCGCAAGCUGACAAAGAUCGACGCCGAAGUAUUCAAAGGCAUACGCCCAGUCCGUUCACGGCGGGCUCCAACCCAGAAAAGUGGUACACCUCUGCACCUGAGUACCAGCAAGGAUCCAGUCCCAUCAAUGCCAGCGCCGGCGAGGGCUGGUCUCCGAAGCACGCCCGAGCAACUAGCCUCGAUGCUCAGGUAACGCCUAUGGCUUCCAAGACUGUCGAUCUGCUGCAGCCGCAGACACCACAGACUGCCAUUCCGGUGAUCGGAACUCCAGCGGGCAGGACAGAUGUCAACACUCCGAAUCUCGCCAGGGAGGCCCCUGAGGUGCGCGCAAGGGAUUCUGUCAUCGAUCAGUCCAACUAUGAGGACGCAGCCCAGGACCUGGGCGAUGAUGAUCCGGUCGCAGCCUCGGAGGAAGAGCAGGUUUAUCUCAACGAGGUGCUGGAAGAGAGUCUUCAGGAUGUGGAGCCUGAUGUUCCUGACAUACCUGAGCAUCUCCUGCAAGAGGCUAAUGCUGAAAGGCACGAAGAUCGGCUGGAUGCGUUCGACUAUGAGAAUAUGUUUCUGCAUAGUGCUAUGGGCAACUAUAGGAACAGUCAGAAUACAGACAGCGAUUCGAGCGACACAGAAAGCGUAGAGACUAGCAGGGCAGACCAGGUGACACCUACGGCAGGUCGUCCCGAGGAAGACUCUGACGAAGAUCGACAAAGCCUGAGUGACGAAGAGGACGCGGAAGAACUGCACGGAGUCGAUGACAAUAUUGAUAAUGAGCAACCAGGCCCUAUCCCUGGAGACUUCGACGAAAUGCCAACUCCUACCGCCUUGGUCGCUCCUGCCAAGCCAUGGAUGCGACCGAUGCGCACCAACAGUGUUGAGUCUGUAUCAACAGAAGCCUCAUUUGCCACUGCAACAGAGGGCAGUCGCAGGGACGAGGCCAGCGAUGAAGAUGACGAAGAAGACUCGGUGCCCCACGAAAUCCUCGGAUGGGGCAACACAACUGCUUUCCCAACGCCGCCCGUGGCGAGUCCUCGACGCAGCAAUACACCCAACGGCAAUAGCCACCACUAUUUCCCCACUCCGCCGACAAGCGCUCGCCUCGCCUCGCCUACCCACAACAAUAGUGCUCAGAGCAAUCCUCGCCCUCUCAAAAUCGUGACCAAUAGCAACACGUCACUGCGCCAAAAGGGGAUGCUCACGCCGGUCCGCUCUCCCUCGAAUUCAAUUUCAACCGUCUCAGCCGGCAGUACGACCCCGAACCGUCCCCUCAAACCUAACAGCACUACGUCGCCGACAUCCUCACAAGCCCGCUCCGUGAUCAGCAACGGAAGCUCUGCCAACUCCACACCUCAUCCUGCAAACACCGAGAUCCUGAUGGAGUCACUGAUCAAGCUUGCGGACCCAGACUUUGUAGUUGAUACGCAAGGCAACCAGCAAGGCCGGAGAGGGACGUUUGCAGAAGUGGACAAGGCGCUGGUCUUGGCGCUGUUGAGGGAGGUUGGGACUGUGUGCAAUGGGGUGCUACAGGCGGAGAGGAAGAGGGAUGGGACAGCUGUGAAGGGAUUGAGGAGGCGGCUGGAUGAGGCAAGGGGCGUCCUUGAAGGUAGGAUGUAUAGGAAGAGCGAGGCUCAAGCUGAAGCAGAUGAGGACUCUUUCAGGAACGGCGCUGUCGCGCAGUGA